UGACUAAAGGGGCGUGACGGAGACUGCGCAAUCGUCAUCUGGAAAGUUCUCUCAUGAGGAGAGUUGGCUAAAGUUUUGCUCCGCGAGAAAAAAGUAUAAUAUCGGAUGCUGGUUCUCUCAACUGGGAUGUGUACACCACGGUUGAGUAUAGUCGGAUAGGGGUUCUCUCAACGGGGAUGUCAACGCCACCUUUGAGUAUGAGCUAUAUACAUUUGAUGGUUGUCCUCAUCUGGGCCCUCAACCCCAUGGCGGCAGCUCAAUCUGGCCUUGAGUUGACACAGACAGGAGGCAGCGUCAGGAACAGGAAACAGCGGGACAUCUCAUGCAGGGAAAACCUGGAGUACCCACAUGACAACAUCUGCUGUUUGAAUUGCCCAGCUGGUAAAUAUGUCAAAGCGUACUGCACGGGUGCCUUGGAGAAAGGAACAUGUGAGGACUGUGACCUCGACACAUACACAGAGCAUGAUAACGGACUGCCACAGUGCUUAAAGUGCACUAAGUGUCGCUCAGAUCAGGUAACCACAAAGACAUGCACCAUCACUCAGAACACAGAGUGCCAGUGUAAACCAGGGUAUUUCUGUGCCCCUGACCAAGCCUGCGAGGUGUGCAAAAAGUGCUCAAGAUGUAAAGACAAUGAGGUGAGGGUGAAGAACUGCACCACUACGUCCAACACGGUCUGUGAGACCAGACUGCCCACAUCCAGCACCAUCUCAGGUAAAACUCCAGGCCCAGUAGUUGUGAUUGUGGUGGCAGUACUGGGUAUCACUGCUGCACUUGCCAGUGUCUAUUGGAUGAGGCGAAAGCUCUUUAAAAGGACAGACACCCAGAAUAAUCCCAGUGCGACGCUAAAAGUUGUGGUGGAUGAUCAAAAUAACAGGUCAAUUGAGGAGAGGCAGAACAACCAGAAUGCUGUGCUGGAUGACACACAGCUCUAUCCCUUGCUGGAGCAGACCCAGGCGGUGGGUGCCAAAGCCUCAGAGGAUGAGGACAAUGGACUGGGCGACAGUCUCCCCAACACCACCAACUCUUCCCAGUCCAGUCUGUCUGCACUACCCUCAGCCCCCCUCCCCAGAUCCUCCCCGCUUCCCAGCCCUUCGGCCAAGAGGCAGCCUGGCUCUUCGGCUGGGGAAAAUGUCCUCAUAAAACUGGUUCCUUUGAAUGGUGAUGAGUCCUUGAAGAAAAGUUUUGAACUUUUUGAAGAGCUGGAUGUUCACUACCAUAACAGAUUCUUCAGGCACAUCGGACUCUCUGACAAUGCUAUAAAAAGCUCUACGCACCUUCAUCCUGAAGAUCGAGUCUAUGAACUGUUGAAAGUAUGGUUGGAGAAGGUGGGCAUGGACGCUGACAUGAAUGACCUAAUCAAAGCGUUACUUUAUUUUGGCCAAAGGUUAUCAGCAGAAAAUAUUAUUUCAAAAGCCAUUGAAAAUGGUUAUUAUGAAUAUGCAGAAAAUGAAGAGUGAAUGUAUGCCUGUGACAGGCAUAUUGGCUUGCUGUUGAGUAAUUUCCUCUGUACAGUUUCACACAGUGAACUGUUAGGCUAUGCACUGGCUAGUGACUAGAGCUGGUGGUGGAUGUUUAGAGUUGAGUAUCACAACUUCAGUACCCCUAACGGCACACAUUUCUGUUUUAGCCCUGGACAAGCACACCUGAUUCAACUUGUCAAUUAAUCAUCAAGCUCUCAAUGAGUUGAAUCAGGUGAGUUUGUAAUGGACUACAGCAAAAAGUUGUGCUUUUGGAGUUACUGGAGGACUGUUGCUGGGAAACACUGCUGUAGGGGAACGGGAUAAUAUACACCGGAUGUUGUCUACGCUGACAUCAUCGUGCCAUUAUGGAAUGCACUGAUCAAGGCAUGGACAGGCCUGACUGUAUUUUAACCCUAUUACUUUUGACCAGGGCUCUGUUCAAAAGCAAUGCACUAUAUAGGAAAUAGGGUGGCAUUUGGAAAGUACUCCCAGUGGUGUCUCUUGAAGAGUUGGCAAUGAAUGUAAUACACCUAUUUACACAUGAUCAAAAAAUACAGGUAAUUAUGAGAUUUAAAAAUAUAUUUUGGUAUUGUAGAGCAAUUUAUUGGUUGUUGUGGUUGUUUAUUUGUAUUGAUGAUGAACCUUGAUACUUUUAUCUCAAUUUGACUUCAUCAGGAAAUGAAAUGCUGUCACUGUCCACGAUAUUGCUACAAAGUUCUGUCUUAACACUGAUGAUAAUGCCAAAGUUCCAGUUGCUCCUUAAGCAAAAAAUGUAUGUCGAGUUUUGUUUUUAUUUUAUUUUUUACAGAUUUUGAUUUAUUUGAAGGAUGUUUCAGUGUAACCAAGUGUUUAAAAUGGCAUUGACCAUUUGGUAUUUGUAAAUGGGCAAUGUUGAUCAGGUCUUGAGUUCAGAGCAGCUGGUUUCCACUAGGUGGCGCUAUCUAUGGAAAUAAUCUAGUCUUCUGCUGUCUAAUGAUGAGCUGCUAUUCCCAGCCUGUAGUACUGUACACUGUAUUUAGUGAUGUAGUAUUUAGCAUGGCCUUUUUAAUGUUGAUGGAAUGAGUGAGGUUAGUCUCUCAUGAUUGCAAAAGACAAUAUUCUCUCUACAUUGUUAGCUAUGUUCUUGUCUUCACAGAGUGCCCCUCAAGACCGUUUCACUAACAUUCAAGUAUUUUCUUCAUAUUUCCUCUGUUACCGUUUACAGAAUAUUUCCUUGAGUUGAAUCCAAAAUGCAGUUGCCUUGCCAGUGUCAAUUUUAAUGUAACAUUUCACACGUGAUGUAUGUCAAUAUUUAUUAUUGUAUGUCGCUGUUCUUUACAACUAAAUAUUAUUAUUUUUGAUAAAAUUGAUGGUAAUGCGUCAGUUUUGAAAUAAAUAUUCUAUUACAAUUUAAA